AAUGUGCUUUUGGAUCGGCUCUCCCCUUCUGCUGGGCCCCAGUUAGACUCCUUGAUCUGACCUCCUCAGGGCCUUUCCCAAGUACUUUGAAAAGAAGAGUGUGCCCCAGAGACCCCAAAAAUGCACCGAGAAACCGAAGUCAGGGUUUUAAUUGUAUCAGAGAGGAAUAAAUGCAGUCCGGCCCCCAAAUCCUUGUGGAAGAGAGUUCCGGUGUGUGUCUGCCUGGCAGGGUUAAGCAUACUGGUGACGGCUCUUAGUUUACCCAGUUGUGUUGUGGGUUCCACAGAUCUUACCAUGGCUGAAGGGCACACCCUGAUAUCAGUGGAUUAUGAAAUCUUUGGGAAAGUCCAAGGUGUGUUUUUCCGAAAGUACACACAGGCUGAGGGUAAGAAGCUGGGACUGGUAGGCUGGGUCCAGAACACUGACCAAGGCACAGUGCAAGGACAAGUACAGGGACCCACUGUCCAGGUUCGAGUUAUGCAAGAAUGGCUUAAGACAAAAGGAAGCCCUAAAUCUCGAAUUGACAAAGCAAAAUUCCACAAUGAGAGGGUCAUCGCGAAGCUGGAACACAGAGAUUUCCAAAUUGUGAAAUAAAAGUAAUCAAAUAGCAGUAUUUAUCUUAGCAUAAUAUGAGUACAUAUUUGAAAUUGUACUAAAUUUAUUGUUUUUGUUGGCUAUGUGGUUAAUAUGUGAAACUACUAUUUGUUAUUGUUAAUAUUUAGGGUGGUCAUUUCACAUUAUUUAGGUUAAUUUCGAAUAUUUUUUGAAUUUCAUAGGCAGACCACAUGAAAGAAUUGCAACUGUAAGCAUGAAUUUAAUAAUAAAGAAAAAAAAAAGCAA